AAAACUAGUCAGAAAUGCAGUAAUAAAAAAAUUAUAUAUUAUUCUGAAUUACCACUUUUACCCUUGUGUUCAGUCAGAGUGCUACAUUACAUAUUAGCUUUCUUUGUAUCCUUCUUUUUGCUCUUCUGGAAAUCCAAAACACCACUCAAAGAGAUGGCUAAAGAUGAAGACUUUAAGCUUCUCAAGAUCCAAACAUGUACUUUGAGAGUGAACCUGCACUGUGAUGGCUGCAAACAAAAAGUCAAGAAAAUUCUUCAGAGAAUUGAAGGUGUGUAUCAAGUGAGCAUAGAUGCAGAGCAACAAAAGGUAACAGUUUCAGGAAGUGUAGACUCUGCAAUUUUGUUAAAGAAGCUUGUGAAAGCUGGUAAACAUGCUGAAAUUUGGUCAAACAAGUCAAACAACAACCAAAGUCAAAGUCAAAAUCAGCAAAAUCCGAAAGGAAUUUUGAAAAAAGAUGACAAGAAAAACACAAAUCAGAAAGAAAAUGUCAUCAAAGGGGUUGAAUCCUUGAAAAAACAGGAAAAGGGUCAACCUUUGACUUCUGGACUAGAUGAUGAUCUUUUUGAAGAUGAUGAGGAUUUAAGGUUUCUGAAAAGUCAACAAAAGUCAACCCAGUUGGGGCUUUUGCGGCCGAAACAACAACAACAACAAGCCGGUGCAGGUGCGGGUGCGGGUGCAGGUACUGGAAAUGGUCCAAAAAAUUCAAAAAACAAAAGUCAACCCAACAAUGGAAAUGGGAAGAAAAGUCAAAAUGUGGGAGGAGGGCAAAAAGGGAAUUUUGAGAAUAUGAAUGAGGGCAAAAGUGUAAAUGACUUGACCUCCAUAAUGAACAGUCUUGGUGUUAGUGGUGUUGGUGGUGGUGGUGGUAAUCUUGGAGGAUUUGAAAUGCCUAAUGGUGGUCAACAAGUUGGUCAACAUAUGAUGAUGAACAUGAAUGGGUUCGGGUACAGCCAGCCGCAACAAGAGUACAACAACCACUCGGCUGCGGCUGCAUCGUUGAUGAUGAACUUGCAAAACCGGCAAGCGAUGUACCACCAGCGGUCUCCUAUCAUGCCACCAACCACUGGUUACUACUACUACAACUACAACCCUGAACCGUACCCGUACUAUGAGUAUCCGAACGGCUGCUACUACACCGGUAGCGGUAGUAGUAGUGGUGGUGGUGUCAACAUGAUGGGUGAUGAAAACACAAGCAGUUGUUCAAUCAUGUGAGGGGUGAAAGUGGAUGAGGUUUAGACCUUUAGUGUGGUAUGGUUAAAGAAGUUUGAUUUGUUGUAAUGGAUGAUGCUCUUGAUGUUUCUUUUUUUUGUUAACUAUGUUGAAAUGACUAGUUUAAUAAGGGUUGUUCCUUAGUUCUUGACU